ACUUUCAAGUCAAGCGCACGAGCCUCGAGCCGCAACGGCGGCAGCUGGUGCAGCCGAGCAGGCGACUUUGUUCCAGCGGAGCGAGUGAAAAUCGCUCGAAAAAGUGUCAACAGACAAGACGAAACCGUCCGUGCCGGGAUUCGGAGUCAGUGGCUUUUGUGCUAACUUGUCAGAGUAAUCAAAAUCCACCUCGGUGCCCUUUUAAAAGGGUUUUCUCAAAAGUUGAGCCGAAGCGGAGUUCUCUCAUUCAGGAUGUCGGACUGAGACAAAGGGGUCUGGGGGGGCAUUCCCGUCGGAGCGCAGGUACAAGCAGAUAGAGGAAGUGACUUCUGGAUGGGAAAAGAUGGAAAGGGAGUUGCAAUGGUGGAAAGGACAGCUUGCUGCAGACAUCCAUCAGUCCCUCCGCAUCAAGGAGCUCAAGUUGCCAGUCUACCGAGCCCAUUCGCCACAGAUUGGCAUGCGCCGCUACUUUGCAGACUUGUUGGCCAUCCUGAGUAAUCGCUACCAGUUGUGCCCCACAGCACGCCACCUGGCCGUCUACCUGCUGGACCUCUUCAUGGAUCAUUACGAUGUGGCUGUCAAGCAGCUUUAUGUUAUUGCCCUGUCUUGUCUGCUCUUAGCCAGUAAAUUUGAAGAGAAGGAGGACAGAGUGCCGAAAUUAGAGCAACUGAACUCGCUGGGAUUCAUGUGUAAUUUAAACAUGGUUCUCAACAAGAAGGAUCUGAUUAAAAUGGAGCUUCUGCUGCUGGAGACCUUUGGCUGGAAUCUGUGCAUGCCCACACCGGCCCACUUCAUCGACUACUACCUCAAUGCCUCUGUGCAAGAGGGAGAUCUGUACAAUGGCUGGCCCCUGUCUUCCCUCUCUAAAACUAAGGCUUUCAUGGACAAAUACACUCACUACUUUCUAGAAGUUUCAUUGCAAGACCACACUUUCCUCAGCUUCCGUCCAUCCCAAGUUGCUGCUGCAUGUGUCGCAGCAUCACGUAUUUGCCUGCAGAUUUCUCCAAGCUGGACUUCUGCGCUGCAUCUACUGACCGGCUACACCUGGGACCACCUGACUCAGUGCAUUGAACUCAUGCUGCUUGCUCACGACAAUGAUGUGAAAGAGGCCAACAAAACAAAGUGCACCCCUCCGCAUCGAGCUUCAUCUUUGCAGUCUCAGGGUCAAAGCUCUCACCUUUCUCCGGUUUCAGCUGUUCAAAGAACACCCUCUUCAUCAUCCUCAUCUACUACACCACAGCUGCUCUUUCAGUCGGACCGCUUCACAAACCUCUCCCAACAUUCCCCUUCCCUGUCCCAGCUGCAAACGCUAGCCGACGCUCAGGCUCUAGGGCCAGUGGUCAGCGUGUCUCAAGACUUUUUUCAGAGCCACCGGAUGGGGCUCCUAAGUGGGGCUUCUUGCCUGACUACUGGGAGCGGCUUCCCCUCUUAUUCAAGUCUGACCUCUGGCCUCCAGGCGGGGGCUCGCGCGCUGCCGCUCCAGAGCCCCAUAUCCGUUCAGAUGGCCCUCGCAGGGGAAGCGCACCACUGCUUGAGCGUGGCCUACACCGGGGGUUACCUAGGGGCCCAUCACACUUUUGCAGCCGGCUGUUUUGACAGGUGACGCCAGGAGACGGAGAGAGAACGUCGGCGGGAGCACGUCCCGCCGCUGCUUCCUCUCGCAGAUCUCUCUUCUCUCUCCGUCGGCAUGGCGACACCAUCGGCACGCCCCGCCCACCCCUCUCUCUCACAGAGACAUCUCAAACGCAAGCAGAGGUCCAAAGACAAGAGAGACUCGGUGGAAGUCAUCACUUUGACAUGACCGGCGUCUCUACAGACUCGUUAACGAUCGCUUGUCAUCACUGUGAAUGAGAUAAAAGCAGUGCCAAGUUUUGUUUAAAGUGCGCAAUGCAACAAAGCUGUGAAAAUGAUAUUUUGCUAUUUUGAUGAUAUAUUUUUUACAAGACUUAAUUCUACUAAAAUAACAUUUUGUGAGGAAAUGGAGCUAGCAAUGGAGAGCUCUUUCCAUGUUCAGUCCGUCCCAUGUUGAGGAUGCGCGUGCUCCGAAUGCCAGCAAACAUUGAUUAAACACAUGUAGGGUGGUGUCAGGCCUGAAGGGGCCCCCUCUGGGAAUUCCUCACUGCAUUAGUCCCGGAGGGGUGGAGAAUUCCUUGUUUUGUGCACAGCAGGUGAGGUCGACAGGAAAAAAAAAAAAAAGAAAAAAAAGCCUGCACUGGCCCGCUUUAUCACCCCUCCAUUCAAGAAUAACUCCUUCCAAAGUCUAGCCUUGCAGCGUGCGCAGGGCGAUUCGAGUUUUAAUGCCGACGUCAAAGCUUCAAUGUGGGUGGACCAGCGCGGGGAUGCAGACAUGGAAGUGGUAUACUGUACAUAAGAAAUGCUGCUGCCUUCUCAUGAACUGCUGGUUCUGUGUCUGUGUUAAUGUUUACAUGAACCACUUAAGUAUCAGGGACUUGAACAAGAUUACUUGAAUAUUACUUUGGAACAGGCCAUAGCUUUUAUUUAUAACUUCAGUUUUAUACCUUUUUUUGUAUUAUAUUUUCUACCGAACUAGAACACAAACAUCAUACAGGCUAGGGUUCCAGGCCAAAUGUAGUCUUUAUACUGUGCUAGAAUACUUUUAGGCAGGGUCGGCAAAACUUCAACAAAAAAACUGCUACAAAAAUCCAUUUACCCCUCAAUCCUCAGUCAUGAAAAUCUGCCUACUAAUGCGGUAGUACUUCAUACAUUGAUUAGGGUAGAGUGCUGUAUUCCCUCUAAAGUGAGUAUUUGUUAAAUCUGCAUAGAAGAACAAGUUGGCUGCCCCCGCUUGCUACAUAAACAUCUGCAUUCAGUCGUGUGUAAUUGCGUUCCAUGUUUCUAAAGCUCCCAUUUCCCGCUUCCUGUUCAUUUAAACGCAUCCAGAUUCUCUGUGGCAGCACCUCACAUGGUUGUUUGCGCCCAACCCAUGCCAUAUUGUUGACCCAACUGUUGUGGAUGUUCUACUUGGCAACUAGUUAUUUUGUCUUCUGAUGUAGAAGGGUUUUCACUAAGAUAGGUACAGUUUUACAUACUUUUAAGUUGUUGUUUUUUUUUCGGGGGGACUCUCAUACCAAAUAGAUGUCAGUUUGCUCAUUGCACAGGUCUCGAUCAAUUUCUUACAAAGGUGCAAUAUCAUUUUUUACCCCCCGUCUGAGAUGAACACAGUUAUUACUGUUUGUGGGUGAACACCACUGUAUUUUUGACUAAUGUGUGACUUGACUUAGUGUUGAAUUUCCUCUAGGGGGCAGUGUUGCAUUUUGCAGCAACCACAUUUGAGUGACACGUUACUGGAAGCAUUUUUUGUUAGGUUUGUCUGUUACUGUGCAUAUUAUUUGACUAUUGCUAUUGGUGCUGGUUUGACUCGCAUUGAACCAUACUGAUGCCACAAAACAAACUUCCAAGCUAUAGUUUUUUUUUUUUUUUUAAUGUACCAACAAAUAGUUUUGCUUUGUCACACUGAAUUGUAAAAAAUAUGUAUUUUUAUUAUUAUUAUUUUUUUUUUAUAAUGUGCCAUUGGCAAAUAAACCUGUAAACUAAGGCUGGGUGUAUGCUCUUUGUAUUCGAACACAUUACAACAGCUCAUCAAUUUUUUUGGAAGGGAGUUUCUUGCAUGCUGAUUUUUGAGAAGGCCUACCAGUUUAUAUUCACUGGUGAAAUAACAUUUGUUUAAACGACCUUUAACUAUAAUCAUAGCCAUAAUGUUUUAAUCAUCACAUUUAUCAAUCAUGGUAAGAUUUCUCACAGUAACAACAAUUAUCAAGGUUGGAAAAAUGUCAAUAGACAACUCUUCAUACAUCUUUGUGGUUUACAUGGAGUUGAUGGUGCACUCGACUUCAUCGUGUCUUUCGUGGUGAAAUAUGUGCUGGAGAGCCUGAAGAGGUGAAAAGAGUUCCUGCAAGCUAUUGGUAAGAACAAGUAUAAAUAAUGUGUGUAUGUAAAAAA